AUGGAGUGGUGGGAGAUGGAGUGGAAGAUGGACGCGGGGUUUUGUGCGUUUCGGCUGGGAAAGCGAAUUCAGGGGCGGCAGAGGAAGAAGAGGGGCGAAAUGGGUGGAGAGAGGGGGCAGUGGCACGCUCGCCAAAUUGUGGGAGCACAGGACAACAAGGCCCGGUCGACGGAGCAGCAGCAGCGGGAGGACGACAUGAGGGUCCUUCAGCAAGAUUCCAUCUUCUGCCCGUCUCCCUCUCCCUUCCCCCGCAGCCUCACCACUGCACUUCGCCGCGGGGCCAGCAGAGGUGAAAAACGAACCUCUGCUCAUGAUGUCGUAAACGACUCGGCAAAGCACGGCAGGCUACUCACCGCCCUAUCCGCCCCUGACGUCACCCCUCGCCACGAACGUAUUCCAUAUCAUCUCGCUGCAUCUUCGUCAAUCUCUCCCGAUCCGAUCGUGUCCGUACGCCGCGGGACACCUCUGCCAAGUACGCCCCCGCUCCACCGCACACACUCCCCGCGCCACCGCCCUUUGCGUCAAGGAGCCACAAACCGCCACAGCUCCCAUCUCGUCGGUCAUCCAGGAUCAAAUCGCGUCUGUCACUUUGAGUUGGCGAGGAGCGUGAGAGAUUCUCACGCUUGCAGUUUGCAACAGCGCGAGCAUGCUGACCUCGAGCAGCGAGAGGAUUGCCGCUCGAUUGUGGAUGCACAGCCCCUGCACGUCUUCCGAGUCCCACACCGCACCUCGUCACCAACCCAGAAGCCCGAGCCCACACCCGCUGGCGGCCCCAGAGAACCCGCAGCACUCUCCACGUAG